ACCUACUCUUGUGUUCAUGUUUGAAGUAAUAAACCUCUGACAAUGCAACACUAUUCUUGCAUUACUUCAUGUGUUUGUAAAAUCACAUCAGCAGGAACAUAUGAAAAAGCUUUACACUGUUUCUGUACUUUAACAUGAAACCCUGCCCUGCCUGAAAGGCAUCACAGAACAUAAAAACACACUUUACAGUCCCACAUAUUGUUUCCAUUCUGUAGCUCCUCCAUUCUGUGGUGAAUGUGGACAUAGACAAACAAGUAAUCUAACAGUUUUAUGUUCAUUUACACAUUAGCUAAGUUCUCUGUUUUAGCUGCCAUUGGUGAGAACGAUCAGAACAUUUAAUUGUUAGACAAGAAAAUUAUGUUUUUAAUUCAAUUCGGUUUUAUUUAUAUAGCAGUAAUUCACAACUUAGCCCUUUAACAUCCUCACCAAGAAAAAAGCAACGAAAAAAUUAUUUCUUUAUAUUUUUUUAUUUCCUUGGGGCACUAAUAACAACAAUCAAUUCAUUUUUUAUGAACAGACCCCCUGGUUUUGGAAAUAUUGACCUCUACCAAACAGUAGAGCAUGUUUUGUAAAAAAUUAUUUGACCCUUUUAGGUCUUUCUUUUUAUGUUUCAAUUUACACAGUUAUGUUCAGUAACUCCUUAGACAUGACAAUAUGUCAAAAAAAUAUUAGCUUAUGUAACCUGCAUAGAAAUGCAUGGCCACUAAAGGGUUAACUCCCUGACGUUGGGUCUGUUGAUCUUCUGCGCAGCCCUUCUGAGCAGACGCUGCUGCAGGCGCGCAGAGACACAGAGAGGAGAGGAGUAGCAGAAGCUAAGCCACGAAGAAAUAAAAUAGCAGGAAAGUAGAAAUAGACCAGCUAAAUUAGCUGACGAAUUCAGUAUGAAAGAUGAUGGAAACCUACCGGUUCGGUUUACUUUUUGACGGUGUGUUGCUCCGGUGGUAAACGAGUCGGGUGGUGUUUUCAUCUAUUGAUGCUCCGACUGUUUUUUUGACUGGAUUAGAUACUUGGAUUAAGUUUCUGCUGAACACGAUGGCGAGCCAGACCCAGCGAGAACUUCUGGAGAGGAACGUUUGAGGCAGUGUGGCCAGCUGUUUCAACCGUCGUUGGAAGAAUCAACUGUGUUGUUUCCAAGGAUUUCCAGAGAAGGAACAAUCAGAACUACACACAUUUAUCCUACCCGGGUAGAGUAGAGGUAAAGAGAGAAAACUUUAAUGAACAAGUGACACAAGGAGGGACAUAAACCAAGGAGACCCCCAAGAGAGACAUUCAGGACAUUUUCUGUUUUAUUUUACUGUUUAUUUUCUUAUGCAAAGAGACUCUAUUUUGUGUUUUUGGGGUUUUGUAACUUUUUUAUAUUGUACUGUAACACAAUUGUUUAUUGUGUUAAAUUGCAAUAAAUCUGCCGGCUGUUAUAAAUUGCAAAUAUAUCUGUUUCUUAACUAACUCCUCCAGAACCUAGUUAACUACCUAGCUUUGCUAUUGGCCCACAUCUAAGCAAGUGCUACACAAAACUUGGCGAGCCAGCCAGGAGGAGUUGAUUUUUGAGAACAAAAUUAUUAAAUUGUACUGAAUACAGUUUGGCAGUUUUAUCACAGUCUGACACACGAUUUGCACCUAUUGCAGAAUGGAUGUCAUUGAGUCUCAGAGUAUUAAGGUACCCAACUCCAUUUUAAUUAGUGGAUUAACUGGUACACAAGUAGAUGAGGAACUAGUUGAGUUUUUGCAGGAAUAUGGUUCAAUUUCCAGGACAGUACAAGUUGAUAGUUCUGACCCUGACUUUCAAAACACGACUAUAGUUGAGUUUCAGUUUGGCACAGCUAUUAAAGCACUCCAAGGCAAAUUGCCAUGCCAAAGACCUACAUGUGACCCUCGUGUUACUCACACAAUUCAGCUUUUAUCCCCACUGUAUAGUACUAAGCUAUCUUCAGGGAUAACUCAGACUUACCUAGCUAACUUAAAAGGUGUUGCAAAACUGAGUGGCACAGACUAUGAACAGAUACUACUCAAAGAGUUAAGCAACAUACAGAAAUCCACCGACGGUGAAGAGGCAGUUCUUUCUGAGGAGCCUUCUCCUGAUGCAGAUGGGGUAGCACCUGUGUCACCAGAUCAAACCCAGGCCCACCAAGUUACUCCUACCCCCCAGCCUGCCACAAAAUCGAACCUUUAUGCCUCGACUGCUGCUAAGAGCCCAGUUCCCCUCUUGUCACCUGAGCAGAUUCAGACACCUGAAGUCCAAAGGGUGAUAGUUGAACACAUUGUCAAAAGCAGUGAUUUGUCUCAGACUUACCCAAGCCCCUCUAAGCUCAAGCUCUUCUCUGGAAAAAGCCCCUGUCCUAACAUGGAAGUUGACUAUGAAACCUGGCACAGUAAUGUGGAGUUUUAUCUUGCUGACUCUUCCAUCCCUGAAAGACAGGUUGUCAGGAAAAUGAUAGAAAGUCUCUUACCACCAGCUGCCAACAUUGUCAAGCAUCUGGGUCCCCUUUCUAGCCCCCACGAUUUUCUGAGUCUCCUUGAUUCAGCCUAUGGGACUGUUGAUGAUGUUGAUGAACUAUUUGCAAAGUUCCUCAACACAAAUCAAAACGCAGGUGAAAAUCCUUCAGCCUACUUGCAUCGCUUACAGACCACACUGAGUAAAGUUUUGAAGGGUGGUGGUAUUCCAGCUAGUGAUUUUGACCGUCAGCUGCUUAAACAGUUUUGUAGAGGAUGUUGGAACAACAGCUUAAUUAGCAGUCUCCAACUUGAGCAAAAGAAAUGCAGUCCACCCCCAUUUUCCGAACUAUUGCUCUUACUGAGAACUGAGGAGGAUAAGCAAGCUGCUAAGUCCAACCGCAUGAAGCAACAUUUGGGCCUCACAAAAUUAAAGGUGCAGUCCAACCCCCUAAAUGUGUACCCAGACGUAGAUAUGGCAGCUACUUCAGAUGACACGACUCACACAGUGACAAAUAAAUUACAGAAGCAAAUUGCACAACUCCAAGAACAGCUCACAUCCCUGAGAGCUUCACUUGGUGAGUCUGUACCCAAACGGUCUAACACAGCACUACCAAAACCCAAGAAAAGUAAGCCCAGUGAAACCAAAACAGAGAGCCGCCCACAAUGGAGUGAAAGUGUAAGCAAAAAUAACAAGAAACCCCGUGCAUGGUACUGCUUUAAUUGCGGUGAUGAUGGGCAUAUAGCCACCUCAUGCACUAGCGAGCCCAAUCCUGAUGCUGUUGAGACCAAACGAAAGGCAUUAAGAGCCAAGCAAAAGGCCUGGGAAGAACAGGCUAGACCAACUUUAAACUAAGCUCUGUUCCAGUUGAGGGACAAACUGGAACCAACACCACUGCAAGUCCCACACCUAAAGCUGCACUAAAGACCUCGUCACAUACACCCAACCCAAGACACCAUCCUAAAUUACCAACAGGGUUAAUUGGUCGAAAAUGCACAGCCAGUGUAACUGUAGCUGGAGUGAACUGCAACUCCCUGUUAGAUACUGGGUCACAGGUGACUACAAUAUCAUCUUCCUUCUACAAUGAAAACCUGUCAAACCAGCCUAUCCAACCUAUUGAUAAACUUGAUGUUGAGGGUGCAAAUGGUCAAGCUGUCCCAUAUUUGGGGUAUGUAGAGGUCAACAUUGGCUUUCCCAAAGAAUUCAUUGACGCACAACCUGAAAUUUCGACCCUAGCUUUAGUUGUUCCUGACUUGCGCUCCAGCAUUGAUCUGCCAAUUCUAAUUGGCACAAACACCCUUGACAUGCUGUAUGCAGAGCACUGCCAGGACCAAGACAUAUCUGACCUCUCCACUGUCUAUGGCUAUAGACAGGUUUUGAAAACGCUUGAACUCAGAAACAAAGCAAAGACCACUGGGAAGAUUGGUCUAAUGACAUUAAGAGGUAACACACCGGAGGUCAUCCCAGCUCAUGAGAGAAUCUGCCUUGAAGGACAUAUCAAUUCCAGAACCCCCAUUAGUGAGAAUUUGGCAAUAAUAGAGCAGCCCAGCACCUCUACCUUACCUGGUGGAAUCUUUAUCGAUUGCUGUGUGUCUGGUGUCAAGUAUAAAUGUCCUCUCUCUUUCUUACGCUGACACCAGGUCGAUGACCUAUGACCUCAGUUUUAAGUACCAAUAAGGUAGAAAAGUGGUAUAUAGGGCAGAUUAUUUACCAUUUACAGGUAUACCAUUCAAGAUCAAUAUGUAGAUUUCAAGUUAGCACAGACUGCUGUGCUUUGUACAUGGCAUGAGCUUGUCUGUUUACCUGAACUGGCCUGACCUGACAGUUCUACUUAAAGUAGCUAUUAUGUCAAAACAGUCUGUUUGCCUGUGUGUGAACUGCAAAGCCUUCUCCAACAUUUCAAAACUCUCCUGGAACAAAGCACGAUUAUCUUAAUCUUUUGAAAAAUGUCCCAUCUCAUUAUGAUAUACUUAAGAAAUGCAGUGGAUGACGUGUGUAAGACGCUGCAGCACAAGAUAUCUGACCUUGAAAUUUGUCUUUGCUGUGAGGACAUGCCAGGGCACAUCCAAUCACACGCAACCUGCAGCCAUAUAUCACACAGCCUGCAGAGGUGACAGUUUAAUUAGUUACUGAAUAAAAGUUAUUGAAAGUUUGGGAUCUCUACGUACUACCAGGAGAGCUGCCACUGCACACAUGGUUUCUGCUUCAUCUGGUACAUGUUACUUAGCAACACACUCACACAAAGGGAAGCCAUUUACAUGUCAACACAAAGUGUGAUGUAUAGUAAUUCCAUGUACACACACACACACACACACACACACACACACACACACACACACACACACACACACACACACACACACACACACACACACACACUCUCACUCAAACAUACCUUUGUAACCCACACAAGGUAAAUGAAAGGAGAGGUGUGUGUACUGAGGUUACGGCAGGUGACUGUUGGCAGACACUUGCCUGGAGCCAUCACUUCUGGUCAGACAGCUUACAGCCAUCAUCAAGAAGACAACAAACACCAAUUGAAUCUUGAGUAGAGAUAUUGUUUUCUUGCGUUUUUUAGGUCAUAGUUGAAUCUUUAUUUUACAUAUGGCCCUACAGUUCCUCUAGCAUUAUGGACAGUUAUUCUCUCUUCUGAUCAGAAGUAUCGUUUACUCACCUCACUCACCAAAACCUGCCAAGGUUUUAUAAGCUUACCCUAGGUCUAUUCUUCUCACACAAGGGAAGUGUAACAUUGCUUCUUCAUCCAUGUGUUUCAGUGACAGUAUUCUGUCAUUCUGACAUAAGGCAUUUUUAUGUUAAUUUUCCUCAGCGCUUUAUUCAGUCAUACCCACCACAGUGAUGGAGAGAGCCACAGCAUGCAUGCAAUGUUUGCCUUUCAUGUGAGAUUGGACAGAACAUCAAGUGAUUUGUAAUACAUACCAAUGCAUUAAUAAACAGCUAAUGAUAAACCAAUAGCAGCUAAUCAAAGUGUUAAAAUAAUUAUCAGGCUAGUUUAUUUAUGAUUUUCCUAAUCAGUGAAAAUUUUUAAAUGUGUGAUGAAAAUCUAACUACUACUUUUACCAACAGAAACAUAGUAUCAUGACAGCUGUGAUGAUGGCUCAAGGAUGGCUGCUAUAUAACAAAAGAUUUAAAUGCAGCUGAUAAGCUAUGGCUCUGUGUGUGACAGCUAACUUGUCUGAUGGAAAGAAAAAUUAACAAAAUUGUCA